AUGGAGCGCGAGAGGAGCAGAGGGGAGAGGCCUGAGGUGGAGCUCGCUCUCGCCGCGUCCGGCAUGGGCCGGCGCGGCGGGGGAAGUGGGGGGGCAUCCGGGGGUCAAGACGGCGGUCAGGCAGCAGCUGGCGGCCAAAAUCGUGACGGAGAGAAGAAAAAUAGUGUCGUGUUCAACGACAACCCCGACGGGUUUUGCCGCUACCACCAGUCCGAGUUUCACACCAACGAGCAGUGUCGUCUCCAGCAGCAACUGCGGCGCGCGCGUUCGAGAGAGGGCGCCGCGGAACGCCGCUCGGGCGGCGGCAGCCGCGGUGGCGGCGGUAGCCAGCGAGGGGGCAGACCGCCGCCGGGGCCAGGCCGCGGUGGCGGCCGAUGGGUGAGGCUAGAAGAGCAGCAGCACCACACCGGUCAUGGUGGCGGUGGCUGGAGCCAAGCCUCACUCCCCCCGAGACCUUUUCGUGGACGUGGGCCUGGUGGUCGUCUGGGGCGUCACCCGGGGGGUCGUGGGCCCGCGGGACGCCACAGCAGCGACGGGCGUACCGAGAGGGAACGGGCAGAGAGAGGCCCGGGGCACGCGCGUUCUGGCCACGGAAGAGAGCAGGCGUACGUUGUGUACUACGCCCACGACGAUGGAGGCUACUACGAAGACUACGGUGACUACGACGACGGCUGCUACUACGAAGACGGCUACCACGACGCCGGGAUAGGAGUGACGAUUGGAGUAGAGACUGCUGCACCUGUUUCGUCUUUGCUGAGUGUGAAAUCUAGUGAGGGGCCGCCUGGUAGCGAGAGAUGGGUAGCUGACUCAGGAGCCAGCAACAGUUUCACCAACAGCAGCCUACACAUGUAUGACCUGCAAGAGAUUCCCGCCAGUAGGAAGUAUGUCGUUGUAGGUGAUGGUCGACUGCUAGAAGUGCAAGCCAUCGGUAGUAUUAUUCUUAGUUUCUUUCAGGAGGAUGAGAAUGGUGAGGAAACGACGAUGUGUGUGAAGCUCACUGACGUGUCUGUUGUAGAGAGCCUGAGUUUCAACUUGUUCUCAACGCAUGCUGUUUCUCUGAAGCAACCAAUCCUCUACGACGAACGUGGUGCAGCCCUACAAAAUGGACUGUUCUUUGCUAGAGAGGAAAAAGCGUCUGCAGCGUACGCCAUGCGGUUGCCGUACGACCCAUCUGCGAUUAUUGUAGACCCUGCUGCUUUGCCCGCGUUCGUGACUGCCCCCGAUUCCGCCCCCGCCGUUGGCUCCGCGCGUUCCCCUUCCCAAAAGGGGGGCUCCGCGAAAUCAUUGGUCUCAUGGAUGGCUAUGAUGACACCCCACAUCAAGAUUUUUUCCCCGUGUUUAUCCCAGAGUGACGCUGCGAAUGUGGCUGGUGUUUUGGAUGGCAUUGAUGGGGGUGCUGAUUUUGACUUUGGUCCGGCCGCGCUUGACCCUGGUGCGUCCCCGUUUGCUCUUGGUUCGACUGAAAAGUCCGUUGACAUCAACCGCUUCCACCGCUCCCUUGCCCACGCUUGGGAGCCUCUAUUGAGAGAAACUGCCCAGCAGAGAGGCAUCGUGCUCACCGGCAAGCUGGAACCGUGCACGGACUGCAUGAAGGCGAAGGGCAGGCGAGGGUCGGUACCGCGGGGGCCGGGAGCGCGGGCGGCCAAGCCACUGCGGCGUGUUCACCUGGACCUCGCCUCGCGGUGGAACAAAGUCUACGGUCUCCGGCGGAAGUCCGACGCGCUGGCGGCAACGAAAAGGCUGCUGGCGGACGUGGGGCGGUACGACCUCGGACGAAUCGAAUGUUUCCGCGUCGACAACGGCACAGAGUGGACCCGCGGCGAUUUCCGGCGCUUCUGCGACGACAACGGCAUCGGCGUCGAGUUCACCCCGCCCGGCGUCCCGCAGUACAACGGCGUCGUCGAGAGCGCCAUCUGGCGGAUCAUGAAGGCCGGCAUGGCCGCCCGCCGCAGCGCUGGCCGUGUGUUCCACGUCGACUUCGCCUCCAUCCCCGGCCUCGACGAGCGUGGUGACCGUCUUUGGAUGGAAUCGGCGAAGUGGGCCGCCGACGCUCUCAACCAGUCGGCGACCAAGGCCAACCCCGGGCGGCGCUCGCCGCACGAGAUGUUCACCGGCGAGCAGGGGCCUUUCCGCGUGCUGCCGUUCUUCCAGCCCGGCUUCAUGCGUGAGCAUCGCCGCACUACGCUCGACGACCAGGCCACCCUCUGCUACUACCUGAACGGCGGCGAAAACCACCCGAGCGGCACCGUCAAGGUCCUCAAGGCGUCCACCGGCCGCGUCGUCUACACCAACAACGUGUCGUGGGUGACGUCGGCGCCAGCCGGCGAGGGGGGUUCCGCUGGUAUCACCGCUGCGCCGACACCCCCCCCGUUCACGCCGCCGGUCGUCUCGAUCAACUUUGGCCCAGCACCGACGCCUUCGACCGCCACACCGCCACCGCCAGCGCCCACGCCGUCGCCCGCUCCCGCUCCCGCUGCCGCUUCGCCCCCUGCCGCAACGCCGCCGCCAGCGACCACGCCGCCGCUCGCUCCCACGCCUUCACAACCGCCCUCUGCCACUUCGCCGUCACCGUCGGCGACCCCCGCUCCUGGCCAGCCGUCCUCUGCCUCUUCACUGUCACCGUCGGCGACCCCAGAUCCAGACCAGCCGCCGCCGCCGCCGGACCCCGCGAUGCCCCCGCUUACGGCUCACGCCAUGCGGCAGCUUCGCCCGGGUACAAAGGCCGAGGGGGGCGGAGGCCGGAGAGCCGGGGGGAGCGGGGAUNAAGGCCGAGGGUAUGACAGACCCGCGACUGCCAAGCCGUACGAGAUCGGGCACAAGGCACAGCAUAGGACUCAUCUCGAUGCUAGACAAGAAUACUCUGGUGUCGAUGCUGGAGGCUCGGAGCGCGGUGGACGAGGAACGCAGGGGGCGGAGGCCGGAGAGCCGGGGGGAGCGGGGAUUGGAGGGCAGGCGGGAGCACUCGCAGCUGUGGACCCGGGGGCUGGAGGAGCGGGCUUUCCACUCGCAUUUGCCACGCUCCUCGCCACCCGGGAAGACAUCGACGCCACGCUGCGAGACCAGCGCCCGCCGGAGCAACGCCCUGACCUUCCUCACUGCCAGGCCAGCGACCUUCGUGUCCCCAAGAGCUACAAAGAGGCCAUGGCGUCGGAGCACCGGCACCUUUGGAGCGACUCUAUGCAAAGGGAGUUUUAUGGCUUGUUGGAAGCGGGGACUUUUACUCCGGCGAAGUAGCAAUUAGUGGAGAACGCAAUUAACGCUAAGUGGGUAUUCGACUGGAAGGCAGAUGAGUUUGGAUGGCCCACUAAGGUUAAGUCGAGACUUGUAGCGAGAGGUGACAUGCAGAGAGAGUACGUUGACUUUGGAGAGUUGUACGCGCCUCCCGUUUCUAUUUCGUGUGUUAGGAUGUUGGCUGCUUUGGCGUGCGAGUUGAACCUCGACUUUGAUGCGGACUUUGCAAGCAAGGCAGCAGACCGUAGGUCGGUAUCAGGGGGGAUCGUGACGUGUGGAGGAGGCGCUGUGUCUUGGUUUUCCAGAACGCAGAAGUGUGUCACGCUUUCGACCACAGAAGCAGAGUACGUCGCCCUAGGUGACAUAGUUAGUGAAGGAGAUUUUGUUUUUGAGGCAGAUUUGGCGUUUCAUGUUGCCGCAGGUCGGCGUGCCGUGCAUCCCCAUCUUCGAGGACAACCAGGGGGCGAUUCAACUAGCGCAGAGCCCCAUCUCAAACUCGAACUCGAAGCACAUAGAUGUAAGGCACCAUU